AUGUCUCGCCUCUCCAAAGCCCUGGCUGGUCCAGGUUACGUGAUCCUCAACGUUCUGCGAGCGAUCAACAUUAUCACCUUCCUCGACAUUAUUGCCGCAAGUGUGGUGAUGCUCAUCAAGAUCUCCAUCAAUAACAACUUUUUCUUCUUUGAAGCCGUCAGCCAUGCCUUUACAACCAUAAUGGGUGUCUUACUCAUCCUUUCUGAGUUGCCAUUUUUCGACAAGUUCUUCACUCGUUGGGUGCCGCAGCUGGGCGAAACUGCAAGCUUUGUGCCCUUGUCUCUCGUCAUGAUCAUCAUGGGUGUCUCGGUGCUCGGAAAUUUGAACAACGAUGAUUACAGCGAAGAUAACAUGGGCAUGCCAUUUUGGAGGAUCGUGGCAUCCGCAGGAAUUCUGGCAAUGACCAUGGGCAUUGUCAACUUCAUCGCAAGCUUCGUCUUCGCCGACUCUGAAAACUCCCUCACGGCCCGCCACGUCCGCUCCUACGGCGCCGUCGCCGACAAAGUCCUCGACUCCUCCAAAAGCAGCCAACGCUCCUUCAGACUAGGUACUACCUUCAACAGCCAGGCAGACGGUCUACCUACAUACCGUCAGGUCAGCAUCACGCGCUCAGCGGAAUCGCUUAGUAACUCACGCUUUCCAGUGAAUAUCUCGAGUCCCGUGCGCGAGAAGACCGCUACCACACCUACGGCGCCGUAUGGCGAGGAGGUGACGAUGCCUGAUCUGGCGCACCAUCCUGCUAUGCAGGGUGGGAAUUUCGUCUAG